UACUUCAUGUCAGAUUCUAACACCACCGAACUCAACCACCCCUCCACCUUCCUCCUGUUAGGAAUUCCUGGCCUGGAAGCAGCCCACAUCUGGAUCUCCAUCCCCUUCUGCAUCACGUACAUCCUAUCCAUCUUGGGGAACAUCACCAUCCUGUUCAUUGUGAAGCGGGAUCCAAGCCUCCAUGAGCCCAUGUACUAUUUCCUCUGCAUGCUGGCCAUCAAUGACCUGGUUCUGUCCACAUCCACCCUGCCCAAAAUGCUGAGCAUCUUCUGGCUCAAUUCCAGGGAGAUCAAUUUCAGUGCCUGCCUCACCCAGAUGUACUUCAUUCACAGCUUCUCUGCAAUAGAAUCCGGGAUCUUCAUGACCAUGGCGUUGGAUCGCUAUGUGGCCAUCUGCCACACCCUGAGACAUUCCACCAUCCUCACAAACUCUGUGGUGGCCACGGUCAGCCUGGCCGUGGUUCUGCGUGGAGGAAUGCUUGUAAUUCCCUAUCCCUUCCUGGCGAGGCGAUAUCCAUACUGCAGAACCAACAUCAUUCCCCAUUCGUACUGUGAGCACAUAGCUAUAGUGAAGCUGGCCUGUGCUGACAUCCGGGUCAGUAGUUACUACAGCCUCUCCAUGGCAAUUUUUGUUACUGUCAUGGAUGUAUUUUUAAUUUCCGUGUCCUACACCCAGAUCCUCAAGGCCAUCUUCGGCCUCCCCACCAAGGACGCCCGGCUCAAGACUUUUGGGACCUGCGGUUCCCACCUCUGCUCCAUAUUAGCCUUCUACAUUCCCAGUCUCUUCUCCUUCCUGACACACAGAUUUGGCCAGAACGUGGCCCUGCAUUUCCACAUUCUCAUGGCCAACAUCUACCUGCUAUUGCCCCCCAUGCUAAACCCCAUCAUCUAUGGUGUGAAGACCAAACAGAUCCGGGACAGGAUCUUCCGUCUCUUUUCUCGUUAA